AAUAAGUUUCGACAUGAGGUCGGUGUUACUUUUGAUCGCAAUAUGUGGCAUAGUGCAAGGAUUAUGCAGAGCAGAUACACUUGUGUCUACUAAGUUGGGGACUAUUAAAGGAACCUCUGGUGAUGGGUUCACCAGAUUCUUGGGCAUACCUUACGGUUUGGUGGAUGAAAGUAAUCCUUUUGGGCCAUCAGUACCACAUCCAGGAUUCAAGGAGAUCUUCCAAGCAAAAGAAACAAAAGAAUGCCCGCAGUUGUUUCAAGGAGUCCCAACGGGUAACUUCGACUGUCUUACAUUAGACGUCUAUGUACCAAACACAGCUAAUUCCCGAAAACUGCCUGUAAUGGUAUGGAUACACGGUGGAGCUUGGAUAUCACUCAGCAGCUCAACACAAGCAAGAGACCCAGUUUCUUUGCUCAAACACGAUGUCAUUAUAGUCUCUAUAAACUACAGAGUUGGUCUAUAUGGUUUUCUAUGCUUGGACAUACCUGAAGUUCCUGGUAACCAAGGGCUGAAGGACCAAACACUAGCUCUGAGAUGGAUUAAGAAUAAUAUUGCUGCCUUUGGUGGUGAUGACGAAAAUAUAACACUUUUCGGGGAUAGCGCUGGAGGCAUGUCAGUCAACAUGCAUUUAUAUUCACUAAAUGAAAAACUUUUCGAUAAAGCAAUCAUACAAAGUGGUCCAGCUUUAAGUUAUUGGAUGAUGGUGAAAUCUAAUGAUACGAUACCGUUAAUACUUGCGGCAGAAUUUGGGCUAAAAACUACGAAUUUGAAGGAAGCUCUGCGUUUUAUUUCUACUGUUGAUCCACAUCAAUUAGUUGCAAAAGCUUUCGAACUGAAGAUAACUAGUUCAACAGACAAUAACCAACCUUUGACCAAGCCGUGUGUUGAGAAGGAAUUUGAAGGCGUUGAUCAUUUUAUUACUGAACAUCCGAUGAAUUUAAAAUCUAGUAAAGCUCGCGAAAUGCCCAUAAUAAUUGGACAUACCAGACGAGAAUUUCACUUCCAAUAUGAUACUCGAGAUGAAGAAUUCUUUGAUGCUUUCGAUUUGAAAACUCUUUUCAAACUGGGAUUUUAUGUCGAAAAUGACAUGGAAGAUGCUUUGAAUACAGUUAAACAUUUCUAUUUUGGUGACGAGAAAAUAAGUAAGGAAGAGCUUAUAAAAUUAGGCACUGACCUGGUUUUUGGUCACUCGACUCAAAGGAUGGCUAACCAACUGCUUGAAAGUGGAGCCGAAAAUAUAUUCAGAUUUGUUUACACGUAUGAGAAUGCCAGCCAUGCAGAUGAGCUACCGUAUAUAUUUGAUCAAACAAGACGUUUCUUCGAAUCAUCAGAUGAAGAAAAACUUGCACUCAUGCAAUCUCCAAUGAGAGCUCGGCUAACUUUACUUUGGACAAAUUUUGCUAAGUACGGUAACCCAACUCCGAAACCUACAGAAUUAGUUCCGUUUAUAUGGACUCCUAUAACGAAGACUACUCAGCCGUACUUAAACAUGGAUUCCGAGUUCACUCUCAGCAGCAGACCUGACCACAGCAGAAUGGCAUUCUGGGACCUGUUCUAUAAACUUUAUGGAAAAUACCAGAUGUGGUACUGAUAGCUUUGUAAUAAAAAACAAAAUUAAAUGAAAUCGGCAUAUUUUAUGUUUUGUCCUGA